CGACUGGAGGAGCGGCCGCCGAUUGAUAACGCAAGACAAGCCCAAGGGAGAGCGAGCGGGAGGAGAGCAGAGAGCCAUGGCUCCCGAACCCGAGGACGAGAUCAGCGAGAAGAAUCCUCGCCCUCUUGACGAGGACGACAUCGCCCUCCUCAAGACCUACGGCCUGGGGCCUUACUCUACAAGCAUUAAGAAGGCCGAGAAAGAAAUCAAGGAAUUGGCCAAGAAAGUUAAUGAUUUAUGUGGAAUAAAGGAGUCUGAUACUGGUUUAGCUGCACCAAGCCAAUGGGAUUUGGUCUCUGACAAACAAAUGAUGCAGGAGGAGCAACCACUACAGGUUGCAAGGUGUACAAAGAUUAUCAAUCCGAACACGGAAGAUGCCAAAUAUGUGAUAAAUGUCAAGCAAAUAGCUAAGUUUGUGGUAGGGCUGGGAGAUAAAGUCUCACCUACUGACAUUGAAGAAGGGAUGCGUGUAGGAGUUGACAGAAACAAGUACCAAAUUCAAAUUCCCUUGCCACCCAAGAUUGAUCCAAGUGUUACAAUGAUGACAGUCGAGGAGAAGCCUGAUGUUACAUAUAAUGAUGUUGGUGGAUGCAAGGAGCAAAUUGAGAAGAUGCGAGAGGUUGUGGAGCUUCCUAUGCUUCAUCCAGAGAAGUUUGUCAAAUUAGGUAUUGAUCCUCCAAAAGGUGUUCUCUGUUACGGACCCCCGGGAACUGGCAAAACACUAUUAGCUAGAGCAGUAGCCAACAGAACAGAUGCUUGCUUUAUUCGUGUCAUUGGAAGUGAGCUUGUUCAAAAAUAUGUUGGAGAAGGGGCUCGGAUGGUUCGUGAACUUUUUCAGAUGGCACGGUCAAAGAAAGCAUGCAUUGUCUUCUUUGAUGAAGUUGAUGCUAUUGGUGGAGCUCGGUUUGAUGAUGGGGUUGGUGGUGACAAUGAAGUUCAGCGCACAAUGCUUGAAAUUGUUAAUCAGCUUGAUGGUUUUGAUGCCAGAGGAAAUAUUAAAGUUCUAAUGGCUACCAACAGGCCUGAUACUUUAGACCCUGCACUGCUGCGUCCUGGACGGUUGGACCGUAAGGUUGAGUUUGGUCUACCUGAUCUGGAGGGCCGAACGCAGAUAUUCAAGAUCCACACCAGGACAAUGAACUGUGAGAGAGACAUCCGGUUUGAGCUUCUUGCCCGCCUCUGCCCCAAUUCCACUGGGGCUGAUAUAAGGAGUGUUUGCACUGAAGCCGGGAUGUACGCGAUCAGAGCACGGAGGAAGACUGUUACAGAGAAAGACUUCCUCGAUGCAGUGAACAAAGUCAUCAAGGGUUACCAGAAGUUCAGUGCAACACCCAAGUACAUGGUCUAUAACUAAACAUGACUUCAUCGAAACGAUCGAAGGAAGGCAAACUGUUCAUCCACCGUGCGAGAUGUCUUAUUACUUGAUUUUUAUUUCAACUAAUGAAGGAUUGAGCCAGGGCCUGUUUGCAAACCACUUGUUGUGGACUUUCAGCUACUUUCUUGUUCCAUUAGCAUGUGCAUGUUUUGAAGCCUGGGUUUUCAAGAUUGAUAUCAUAUCCAUUCCUUGUGAAGUGUAGCUAUGCAUGUCACUCUUAAACUCUUAGAUGUUGAAAGAAUUGCUCCGUUAAAAGUUUUGGUUUUA